AUGACGGGAAUCUCAAAGUCGUGGAGGUCGACGGGUCUGUGGCCAGUCAACAGGGAAAAAGUGCUUCGCAAGAUCAAGUCCGUGUGCAACGCUGCAGUCAAAAUACGCCAAUUUGUGGCCGUCCAUGAACCGCUUCCUGUUGAUCAGAUCGACGAGAGGGGUCUCCAACGCCUACGAAACGAAGACAUUGACUUUGCUGGGUUUCGUGCAUACAGCAUCGUCAACCGAGACCUAGCCAAGCCGUCUAAGGUGCGCGAGAGGUCUCCAACGAAGACAUUGAUUAAGCUCGGUCCGAGACGCUUGCUGACGCACGAAGCCUGCAUGGCUGAAGAAGAAAAGAAGGCUGAAGAAAAGCGCCGAGAAGCAGAACUCACGGCUGCGCUGGCCCGCGUGUUCCGGGCGCUCGGCGUCGAUCCCGCUGACAUGGCUCCCACUGCGUCGAGUUCUGGUGGCGGCCUCUCCGGCCAGGCUUCUGCUGCGUCUUCGCCUGCUCGGUCGUCGUCUUCUGCUCGCGCUGGGUCGACGGCUGCCGGUACUCCGCGUCCAGGCGAUGCCGCACAGUCGGCUGGUGGCGUGCCUCCGCAGCCACUAAUCGAGGCUAUGCGUGGCCACGAGUCUUCGGGAACCCCGGCAACAUCUCGCCCUGGGUCUCCUGGUUCUUCUCAGCCUGCUCCCGACAACUCGCGCGGUCGUGGUCAAGUUAUGCGUCGCGACGCCCUUGAGCAGCUGGUCCGUGAUGCAUGUGAUGAGUCGUCGGAGCGCAUCUUGGCGGUGCUGGGCUCGAAGCUGGAGUCUCUCGGCCGUCUCUCGGUGAACCUGCACCUGGGACCGAGCAUCCGUGGUGAUCACCGCGUGGGUUCUCGCCUGGCGUCGGCCCGGAACCUCGAUGAAGUGGUUACUGCUGCGGAGCCGAACAUGAAUGUUGGCGAAGGCUCGACGCUGGGCAUGGCAACUAUGCGCGCCCGGCUGCACUCUGCUGAGUCAGCGCAGGCUGCUGCAGAGAAUCGGUUGUGGUCGCAGACGUACUCUUUGGAGAACCAGAAGGUAUUCUUGAAGAACGCGAACAACGAGAUCGCACAGCUGAAAAAGGAGGUCGCGCAUCUUCGUCAGCUGGAGGCUCAUUACAUCGUCGAGCUCGAGUCGUCGAACGCCGCCGUGGAUGGCCUCAUAGAGUGCUCCGAGCGGCAGGAGAAUCGUGUCAGGGUGGCCGAAGACUCGCAAGCUCGGCGCUUGCACGAUCUGCUGGCUCGCUCGGACGCCGCCGACGACACCGCACCAGCUCGCCUUCGCCGACGCAAUGAGGACCUCAAAGAGCAAGUGAAGUGGCUGACCCGUGCCAACAAGACGCUUCGCGCUCACGUGCAGCUGGAAGAAAUGGACCCCGACGUCCUGGUCCUCGCCGUAUCUCGACUGAAGCCGUACCGUACAGCAGACCGCCCCAAGCCGGACAGAGAUAUCGCCGAAGACUUGGCUCGGACUGCCUUCUCACUGAAUGACUCCAUCGGGGAUCCCUUGCGCAAGGACACUCCCGCUGGUGCAAACAAGACCACUCCGGGGACGUCUGCCACUGCAGUCAAGAAAUCUCGCGCGUCGCGUCGGUCAUCGCCUUUUUCACGGUUCUCGUCCCGCAAGACGUCUCGCGAAGACUCGGGCUACGUCAUGCCUGCUGCUUCCCCAGCUCGGCCGAGUCGCUCAGGGUCGAAGGCUCGCAAGACUUCUGCCGAGUCAUCGGCUGGGUCAUCGGCGUCAUCGUCUCCCGUGAGGAAGUCGUCGGAGAAGCCCAAGAAGUUGCCCAAGAAGUGGAAGGAGUCUCGCUGGGCACGAAGUCGUUCUGCGUCGGUGCCUCGCGGCUCUCCGGUCUACGCGCGCUUCAUCGGUUCCAGUGUCUCUCCGCCCACGAGUGCUGCUCCAGUCGCGAAGGCUACUGCGCCCUCUGUUCCUUGUUCUGCGCCGCCUGCUGCUUCUGCGGAAACUCCUGUCCAAGCUGUUGUCCCAGUCUCUGGUUCCGGUGAUGAUCCACAAGUUGGUGGCUUGAGUCAUCGGGCUGAUCGCGGAGAGACGGACCAGCGGUCAGCUUCAGUCGAGCAGUCACCGGAGGUGCCUCAGUGGUUCGGAGAUGACUCGGAUGCUGGAUUGACGGAGGGUCUGGUUGACGACUCAGUGGUUGAUGGCGGUGCUGCUUCUGCUGAUGAGGAGGAACUCGACGAGUGGGAGGGAGAGCGCGUUGAGGUGGUUGCUGUAGUUCCAGCUCCGUCACCUCCGGUUGCUGACGGUCUGUCGUCAUCGGCUUCCACUGAUCUCUCGUCACCUGCGCCAGCUCUGAGUCUUCGGCUUCUCUUCCGCUUGUUCCUGCAGCUGCUGCUGAGUCGACGGACACCUCGGUCGCUGUCUCAUCGGUUCACCGGUCUGCAAAUGCAGCAUCUCAGAAGGACCAAGUUCAAGUUCUGCGCGCUCUCUGUGCAGCCCGAGAUGUGCUGCCCACUGCUCUGCUGGAUCCAGAUUUUGAAUUGCGAGUUGCCGACUCCUAUUCCCGGGGAUGCUCGGAUUGCUGCCACGGCUGCUGGUAUCAAGGCGUUUAAAGACUUCAAGAACCCGGACCACCCUUGGCAGCAGCUUUGCCGGCGUCUGCCGGAGCACGCAUGUUUGUUCGACACCCAUGGAUUUGAUCCUUCUGUCAAGGUAUCCCAGCGAGCGCCCCCGACGACUCGAGUUAACGGGUAUUGGAGCAACUUUCGAGGGUACGGGGAUCCUGUCGAUAUUGAUCUUGGGUUCUCGGAUUGGGAGCGUUACCACUGGAUUCCGGCUCCCGCCGUGGACAAUUGCUUCCGGAUCGCUACCAAGGAGCUGGAAGGGAAUAAUUGGUCCCCUGAGGCGAAGGCCAAAGUUCGAGCUGAGCUGGACGAGGCCAAGGCUGAGUGGUUGGCGUAUGCUACCGAGCGGAACAAGCGCUGGGAUCGGUUCCGAGCCGAGAUCAUCUACCAGGUCUGGAGGUGGUUUGUCAGCAAGGAACCGAAGUUCGCUGCUCUCCACACCGAGUCUUUGUUUGAGCCUUCUAUGCUGGGUUGCCCUUUCGACAACCUCACGUGGCUGCCCAAGACGACCGACUGGGUCAGCGAGAUUUCGGCGUUGGACGCGGCUGAGCCGUGGCGUAAUGGCUGGGUGGAUGUUCCUGCCCAGCAUCCGUACAACACGACGUUCUUCCCCUGCAAUCCAAGGUUUCCGCUGUUCGUCCCUACAAACACCACGCGCGAGGAAGUCGGGCGCCAGAUCGUCGUUUGUCCCGACCUCACGCCAAACGAGAUCGCGGCUGAUUGGGAUGCUGGUUUCCGUGAACCUGCCCAAGCUUCGGACGAGUCUUCGGGUCCUGAGCCAAGCGAGCCUCCGGCGUCUGCAGCUACUUCUCACGUGGCUAUCGACAACUCGGACCACCUCCAGGUGCUGGCGCAGGCUGCAGCUUCUGCUGAGUUGCAGGGCGACGCUCGCGAGGAUGGUGACGACUAG